UGGGGUUUUUUUUUGGCUCCGGGGCCCCUCACCGCCGCCAUUAGGAGCCCGCUGCGCCCGAGGCCGUCCCCCUCUCCUCUCUCCCCCCUCCCCCCUGCGUCCCCCCGCCUCCGUGCCUGCUCUCCGCCCCUCUGCCCCCGCCUCCGGCAGCGGGAGUCGCGCGCGGGCCCGCGGUGACCAUGUCCUGACUUGGGGGAGAGGGCGGAGGCGGCAGCAGCGGGGCGGGCGGCGGUGCGGAGGGAGGCGGAGCGGGGCCGGGCUCGGCUCGUCGCCGCGGGCUGCUCGGGGAGUCGCCGCCGCCGCCGCGGCCGCCGGGCGCCGAGCGUCGGACUGGGAGGAGGAGCAGGAGCUGGAGGAAGAGCCACCGCCGCCGCCAGGAAUAGCUACUCACAGUCAUACAGAACCACUUAUCAUGUUUUGCAGUAUCUCCUGAGGAAGUCAGAAUCUGAGCCAGCAUGACGACUGAAUCUUGUCUUUGGUCUGAUUUAUAAGCUGUACUUUUAUUCUGACCAUGUUCAAGGUGGAGGCUAUAGCAUGGAAACUAAAAUCUUACUUCCUGCCUGACAUAACUCACUUGAAGAAGUGCACAAUGUCAGAACGUGGAAUUAAGUGGGCUUGUGAAUACUGUACGUAUGAAAACUGGCCAUCUGCAAUCAAGUGUACUAUGUGUCGUGCCCAAAGACCUAGUGGAACAAUUAUUACAGAAGAUCCAUUUAAAAGUGGUUCAAGUGAUGUCGGUAGAGAUUGGGAUCCUUCUGGCACCGAAGGAGGAAGUAGUCCUUUGAUAUGUCCAGACUCUAGUGCAAGACCAAGGGUUAAGUCUUCGUACAGCAUGGAAAAUGCAAAUAAAUGGUCAUGCCACAUGUGCACAUAUUUGAACUGGCCAAGAGCAAUCAGAUGCACUCAGUGUUUAUCCCAGCGUAGGACCAGGAGUCCCACAGAAUCUCCUCAAUCCUCAGGAUCUGGCUCAAGACCAGUUGCUUUUUCUGUUGACCCUUGCGAGGAAUACAAUGAUAGAAAUAAACUGAACACAAGGACCCAGCAUUGGACUUGUUCUAUUUGCACAUAUGAAAACUGGGCCAAGGCUAAAAAAUGUGUUGUUUGUGAUCAUCCCAGACCUAAUAAUAUUGAAGCAAUUGAGUUGGCAGAGACGGAAGAGGCUUCUUCAAUAAUAAAUGAGCAAGACAGAGCUCGAUGGAGAGGAAGCUGUAGCAGUGGCAACAGCCAGAGAAGAUCACCGCCGACUACGAAACGGGACUCUGAGAUGAAAAUGGAUUUUCAGAGGAUUGAGUUGGCUGGUGCUGUUGGCAGCAAGGAGGAACUUGAAGUGGACUUCAAAAAACUAAAGCAAAUUAAAAACAGGAUGAAGAAGACUGAUUGGCUAUUCCUCAAUGCUUGUGUGGGGGUUGUAGAAGGUGAUUUAGCUGCUAUAGAAGCAUACAAAUCAUCAGGAGGGGACAUUGCCCGUCAGCUCACUGCAGAUGAAGUGCGCUUGCUGAACCGUCCUUCUGCUUUCGAUGUUGGCUAUACUCUGGUACAUCUGGCUAUACGUUUUCAGAGGCAGGAUAUGCUAGCAAUAUUGCUUACAGAGGUGUCUCAACAAGCCGCAAAGUGUAUUCCAGCAAUGGUGUGUCCUGAACUGACAGAGCAAAUCCGGCGUGAGAUAGCUGCCUCUCUUCAUCAGAGAAAGGGGGAUUUUGCUUGCUAUUUCCUAACUGACCUUGUAACAUUUACGUUGCCAGCAGAUAUUGAAGACUUGCCUCCAACAGUCCAAGAAAAAUUAUUUGAUGAGGUGCUUGAUAGAGAUGUUCAAAAAGAGUUAGAAGAAGAAUCUCCAAUUAUAAACUGGUCCUUGGAAUUGGCUACACGUUUGGACAGUCGACUGUAUGCACUUUGGAACCGGACUGCAGGAGACUGCUUACUUGAUUCAGUACUACAAGCUACCUGGGGCAUUUAUGACAAGGACUCGGUGCUUCGGAAAGCCCUGCAUGACAGCCUGCAUGACUGUUCACAUUGGUUUUAUACGCGUUGGAAAGAUUGGGAGUCCUGGUAUUCUCAGAGCUUUGGUUUACAUUUUUCCUUGAGAGAAGAACAGUGGCAAGAAGACUGGGCAUUUAUACUCUCUCUUGCUAGUCAGCCUGGAGCAAGUUUGGAACAGACCCACAUUUUUGUACUUGCACAUAUUCUUAGACGACCAAUUAUAGUUUAUGGAGUAAAAUAUUAUAAAAGUUUCCGGGGAGAAACUUUAGGAUAUACUCGGUUUCAAGGUGUGUAUUUGCCUUUGUUGUGGGAACAGAGUUUUUGUUGGAAAAGUCCGAUUGCUCUGGGCUAUACAAGGGGCCACUUCUCUGCUUUGGUUGCCAUGGAAAAUGAUGGCUAUGGUAACCGAGGUGCUGGUGCUAACCUGAACACCGAUGACGAUGUCACCAUUACAUUUCUGCCUCUGGUUGACAGUGAAAGGAAGUUACUCCAUGUGCACUUUCUUUCUGCUCAGGAGCUAGGUAAUGAGGAACAGCAAGAAAAGCUGCUCAGGGAGUGGCUGGAGUGCUGUGUGACUGAGGGAGGAGUUCUCGUGGCCAUGCAGAAGAGCUCUCGGCGGCGGAAUCACCCUCUGGUCACGCAAAUGGUAGAAAAAUGGCUUGACCGCUACCGACAGAUCCGGCCUUGUACAUCCCUGUCUGAUGGGGAGGAAGACGAAGAUGAUGAAGAUGAAUGAAAAUAAUCAAAGAGCAGAAGAGCAAGGUAUUAGCUCUCUGGUGACCUCCACGUUACCGUGGUGCUCCAAGCAGAGUGCAUGGCAUGAAGUGAAGCAAAUCUGGCAGGAUCUGCUUGGAAGGGUUUUUCUGAUCCACACCCAAUGGAGAUGAUGCAUCUGCUGUGUGAGGAGACAGAACUUUGGACUACAGUUUGUAAAAAAUGAAUUUUAUUAAGACAGAACUUUUUUCCUUUCAAAUUGUAAAUCUGUCUAUAAAUGUAAAUGCAUGUGGUUGUGUAAGAAAUUGUGUAAUAGGAAAAGUUGUACCAGCAUCGUCAUAUUAUUGAGAAGUUUUUUCCAGCAUGGGCACCUCCAAAAGCACAUGGCAGAUCACUCUUUGUUCCUUUGAGAUCAUUCUUUUUUAAGCAGAACCUGGCAUUCUACUUCCAUCUUAAAAGAUCCAUUUUACAUUAUGUCUCACUAGAGCUCGUUAGAGAUUUGGAAACUUUUUGUACAAAUUAUCCACAGCAAAACAUAAAAAUAAAAACAAGCUUUUAUUUUUAUUAAUAAUUUAGUUCCUGUUGUGCCCAAUAAAAUAAAAUAAAAUCUUUAAGGAACAAACUGUAAGAAAAGUAAGGAUUUUUUAUUGAGUGAACUUUGCAUAGACAUUGUUCCCUUGUUUUGGAAAGGGUUUUGGUUUCUAUUAUUUUGUCUUUUUAAAAGUUUCUGAUAUGCCCCUUUUCAGUGUUUAGGUAUUUAUUUGUUUGGAAGAGUGCCCUUAAGAUGGGGCUUCUUCUACCAGACUCUGGGCAGCAGUCUCUUUGUGAAUAGUUAUUCGGUGGAUGUAAGUGAGGGGAGUGCUGGCGGGGGAGUGCUUGGGGGAGCCGGCCCACCCCUCACUGAAUGAAUCGUGUGAAAUUUGCCCACUUGACCCUGUUGACAAUGUUAUACUCUCCCAGGUUGCCAUGCAUAGGGUCUGUGGAUUCUUACUGUCUUUUAUCAUCAACUCUGCUUUAAGCAAAUUGUGUUAGAAAGGCAUGCCUUUGCUUGGGCUAAUUGGGAAUAUCAGUUCAGUAUAGAAUAAAGAUUUAAGAACGCAGUAAGGUGGUAAAUGCAUUGUAUAAUGAAUUUCUCAGUGAGUAGUCUGAGAAUUUUUGCAUGUUGGUUAAUUGUGGCCAUUCUUAUUUAAAGUUAAAACUAUAAUCUUAGGUAGGAAAACUUUCUACAAAAAGUAUUAUUUGACCACUUCAGGUAUACAUUCAAAACUGGGUAAAAAUUUCAGACCUAACUCAGGAACACAAAGACUUAGUGUCCUGGUAAGCACUUUGUAGACUAUUGAUGUGGCAAGGAAUUUGGAAAGAAGCCCUACACACACACAAACACACACGUGCGCGCACACACACAAUUUUCCUUCCCUUUGAUGAAAAGGCUGUGAAAACCUUGAAAUAUUUACUUCUUGUUUUCUUCUAAGUUCUGUUUAGAUGCUAUUAAAAUGUGCACAACCUCAGAUUUGAUGCUGGAAUACUAAAAAUAGAAAAUUACCUAUGAGAUGUCAUAUCUUUAGUUCUUUCUUCCCUCUCUGAACACUCCUUGAAACGUGUUCCCAGGAUGAUCGCUUUUGCUGCAUGCUAGAACUUGCAGGAAAAAUAUUUGCAAUUUGAUUCCAUAUGAAUGAAUUUUGAUGUAAUAAUGGUGUAUGUUACUGUUUCAAAUGGUUAAUGUUUUCUUACAAAUUGACUCUAUGGUUUGCUUUCAUUUUGGACAGAAUUAAGUUUUUAGAAGGCUGCCAUUCUGAUUACAUAGCACAGCAUCCCUAUAAACUUUUCUCCAUAUAUAGGGGGAGAAUUCUUUAGUGGCCAGACAUCCUGUUCUAGUUGCUGUUAAGCAAAAACUGCUCUCCCAGUUUAAGAAGCCGAAGAGAAAUGUUUGAGGGAAAAGCAUCUAGUUGCUAGGGUCUACAUUACAGUCAGUGCUGUUUAGAAAACUGCAGGCUCGGCCUUUAGCCUCCGUGUGUUGUGUUUGCUGCGUGGUGUGUCCCCUGAGGUGCCUCUUUAUUUAUUUAUUUAUAGAUCAGUGACCCUGACCACAUCUAGUUUAACAGGUACAGCAUUCUUCCCUGUGGGAAAGAAUUAUAUAUAUAUAUAUAUGACUCCGUUUCUUAGGCUCCAGACAGGGAUGGGGCUUUAAAUGGUUUUCACAGCAGAUUGGCUGGUAAAGGCCAACAUUUUGGUGAAUCAAUGCUAUGUUAAGCUCUUGAACUAUCAAACAGCCAUAACUGUUGUCCCAAGAUAAGAGUUUGCAGUCCUUUCUCAGAUGAUAUAUGGCAGGGUGACAGAUACUGUAUGUCCUUUGGUUGACUCCGGACAGUAAUACCUUUAACUGUAUGGACUUCAUGGUUCUUUUUCUAGGGAGAAUACAGUGUGGUGUUUUCUGUCAAUUAAAACCCAGGUGCACCAUGGAUUUGGACCUUUUUUGUUUUUGGUUUUUAGGCUCAUCGUGUCACAGACUUAAUCUGUGUUAAGGGACUAUUGCUGUGCAUAGGCGGUUGGGGUCUCCUUUUUGUGCAUACGUCACCCCCUCACUGAUUGCCUGUUUGACAAGUGGUUGUGAAGACCUUGAGCGGCCACUCUGCUCCCCGGAGUGAUAGGUCAGUAACCAUUUGCGCCAUCUCUGUCCAGGAUACCUCUAUCCGUGUCGGGUGGUUUCAGUGUAAUUUUUCUUGGGCGAGUUGGGAUGGGACCACCACCUUGAAAUGAGUGAGGAGGUUGAUGCUUUAAGUUGCCAUGACUUUUUUUUUAAAUGGGAAAGGGUGGGGGGAGGCGGUUGAAAAGGAGUUCAGUACCUGGAAUUGUUGGACGUGAUCGACAUUUGCAGAUACUGCUAGUAGUAAGGGGUUUAAUGCUAUUUAAGAAGGAAGACCCAUAAAAUCAACUGAAAGUUCCUAACCUAUGGAAAUGGCUGAUGUUAAUUAUUUUGCAACAUUUCUUUGUAAAUAUCAUUAAAAAAAUUUUUUUUUUGAGAUUCACCUCCCUUCCUGCAUUAAUGCUUGAGCCAGAUAAUUUUGCUUUUGGGUAAAUUAAAAUCAAAAUUCUAAAACUUGA